GAGAUACUACGAGGCCGGCGGGGUAACUCAAACCGCCUGAACUGAGCUUCUACUUUAGCCAAUCCUCUUUGCUCUGAAUGAUGAUAACCUCUAGCCCAUCGUCAUUGGAUUCCCCUGGAGGGCACAAAAAUGGCGGCAGAUCUAUUGGAAUGAGUGUGUGUUGGUGUGACGUUGUCAGUUCUACUGGUUCUAUUCUUUUUGGAGUAUCUGAUCCGGGGAGUACUGCACUGAGAAAUUAUUUCUGUCAAGUAGAUAAAUAUAUAUUAGACAGCUGUUGAAAAUAUCGAGAUUUUUCCCUGAGAUCCUCCUGAUUUUGUGUCUCACAUGGCGCAGUGCAGAAAACUUGGACUUGCAGCUGGCAAUUUACUUCUAAAAAGAAGUCAUGCGGCAGCAAUUGCCACAAACCGCUCCAGCUCGUGGUGGUCGCACGUGGAGAUGGGACCCCCGGAUGCAAUUCUGGGUGUGACAGAGGCCUUCAAACGUGACAGCAAUCCCAAGAAAAUAAAUCUGGGUGUUGGGGCUUAUCGGGACGACAAUGGAAAACCCUUUGUACUCCCCAGUGUUAUUAAGGCCGAAGAGAAGCUGAGGUCUAAGGGCCUGGACAAGGAAUACUCCCCCAUCUCAGGAAAUCCUGAUUUCUGUUUGAAUAGUAUUAAUCUAGCCCUCGGAGAUGGGAAUGAUGUUGUAUCUAACAAGCUGAACGCCACAGUGCAAGGAAUAUCGGGCACGGGAUCCCUCUGCAUCGGUGCAUUCUUUCUCAACAAAUUUUUCCCUGGGAACAAGGAAAUUUAUCUCCCGACUCCAUCCUGGGGCAAUCAUACGCCCUUAUUCAAAUUGGCGGGACUCAGUGUCAAAUCGUAUCGUUAUUAUGAUCCCAGCACUUGUGGGCUUGACUUCAAGGGAGUCUUGGAGGAUAUCUCUAAAAUCCCUGAGAGAUCGAUUAUUCUUCUGCACGCAUGUGCUCACAAUCCCACGGGUGUCGAUCCAAAACCAGAACAAUGGGCCGAACUGUCGACACUCAUAAAAAAAAAGAAUUUAUUUCCAUUCUUUGAUAUGGCGUAUCAAGGAUUUGCUUCCGGUGACGUAGCGAGAGAUGCAGCAGCGGUUCGUCUCUUCGUGAAAGAGGGCCACAGUAUUCUAUUGGCUCAGUCGUUUGCCAAGAACAUGGGCCUUUAUGGCGAACGUGUUGGGGCUUUCAGUUUGAUCGGUUCCUCUGCUGACGAGGCAGCACGUGCCAUGUCGCAGAUUAAAAUCCUGAUUAGGCCGAUGUACUCUAAUCCACCGAUCAGUGGUGCCCGAAUUGUCAAUGAGAUCCUGUCCGAUCAGCAAUUGCGACAGCAGUGGCUUGGAGAUGUCAAGGGUAUGGCUGACAGAAUUAUCGGGGUGAGAUCGAAGUUGAGGGAGAAUUUGAAGAAGAAUGGCAGCUCCAGAGAUUGGUCCCACAUCACCGAUCAAAUCGGCAUGUUCUGUUUCACUGGGCUCAAAGCACCAGAGGUGGAGAAACUGACGUCUCAGUUCAGUGUUUAUCUCACAAAAGAUGGAAGAAUAUCGAUGGCAGGGGUAACAUCCAAAAAUGUUGAGUACCUCGCCCACGCCAUCCACGAGGUGACGAAAUAAAUGAGAAUCCCAAUAAAGAAACCUCAUUCAUGUGUUACCCACAAAUCAACAGUUCCAGUGACCAAAUCAGGAAAACCAAUAGAUGAAAGACACGUCCAUAUCACGAGCAUUUAUACUCACGUCGUAUUUUUUAAAUGCACUGCAGGCAGUGCAACUCCCAGAACACUUGCGUGAAGAAAUUUUCGAAAUUUUUUUACCAAAACAUACAGUAUGUUAUCGAAUUUGUGUAUUAGAGAUGUUUUUUUUGGAAGUAUCUAAGUGAUUGUUGUGAGUAAUUAUGUUAUUUUUGAGAUGACGCUCCAGUGAACAUGUACUAUGGCUUCUCCAGAAUCAUCGAGACCGAGAGUACAUAGAAAAAAUAAAGAUGAAAUCAUGAUGAA